AUGCGGCGUCGGUGGCGGACACGUCGACGAAGACACGUGGCGGGCCCCUGCCAGGUCGAGGGCGGGACCAUCUACGGCAUCGCGCAGGACACCGACAUCGUCUUCCAUGCGGGGCAGCGCCGAGAAAACCGGCGGGACCUUCUCCUUCUCAGGCUCGGCCGCAUCGCGCAGGACACCUCCAUGCCCGACAUCGUCUUCACGCUCGACUCUUCCCCCUCCUCAACAUUCUGGUACGCCGGCAGCGCGCGCUUCGCGUACCGCACCCUCUUCUUCGCUGCCUCCGGGCUGACAAAUGGUCCGCACACGGUGUCGUGGGUGUUCAAUACGCAUGCGGGCAGCCCCCGGGACUUGCAGGCGGCGCUAUUCGACUACGCAGUAGUUACCGCCGGGACCGCCGAUCCGGCGCCCGGACCGGGACCCGCGCCACAGGGCGGUGGCAGCACAGGAGAGUCAAAGUUGCCGUCGAGCGGUACCGGUGCGACGACUUCCGCGCCCCUGACAGGGUCUGGACCGCAUUCACUGUCUUCCUCACCGCCCAGCACCCACUCCACCCCGGCUGGCAGCGCGGCGGGCGCCAUUGUCUCUUCCGGAGCGACUACUAACACUGUGUCCAACUCCAAUUCACCCAGUACCAACUCCGGGGCCUCUGGGGCUCCUGCAGCCGCCCCGCCCAAGUCUGCGUCGCACAUUGCUGCCAUCCUCGGCGCCGUGUUUGGCACACUCGGGGCCAUAAUCAUCGUUGGCCUGGCUCUUUGCCUGCACAGACGGAGGGGCCGCCAGCGACGGCGACACAGCCUCCUUGUUGCGCGGCCGGUCACGGACUACAAGCCCGACGGACCGAUGGGAGUGGAAGAGGCCAUCGAGAUGAGCGGUGGCGGGUCACGGGGCCGCGUCAGGCGCACGCUGCUCGUGCAUCCGUUUGUGGAGACGGACGUGGAGACAGGCGUGUCGGCGGAGCAGCUCUCGAAAGCGCGGGAAGCGGGGUACGGCGCCUCGCCCACCGGUACCGCGACGGCGUCGACGGCCCGGCUCCUCCCGGGUCUGCACACCCAAACAGAAACACACCCGUCUCCAUUGUCGCCCGACACGCCGAGCACGGGCACGCCAACGUCCGCGGUGACCGCACGUGAACGGCUGCUCGAGGCACGGCUCGCCCAGCUCGAGGCGACACUCGCCGGCGCGCCGCCGCCGCCGUACAUCGCGGAUUCGGAGGGAGAGGCGGACCGGUGA